CGAAUUUUAAUCCAGGCUUGGCGGACUUUUGUGAACAAUGUCUAAUAAAGUGGAUAAACUACACAAACAGGCUUUAAGGGAGCAACAGAAGCGAAUAAAACCCGGAGAAUGCAUGAAAUAUGUAAGAAUGGUCAUUGACUCAGGAUUUCUAAGCAUCCCCGAAGGUCAGGAAAUGCUGCAGCAACUUAAUUCCUCUGAUUUAAAGUACGAAAUAAAAAGCUUGCCAGUGAGCUAUUGCAUCCUAUGGGAACGUAACGUGGGACAGCAAACGAUUUCGCUGGGAACUAGUCCUACUGGUUUGGAUGAGGCAUGGAAACGCGAGAACCAAGUGGUUCAAUUUCUACCCGAAUCCAGUUUUCAUAAAGCUCUUAAAGACCAAAGUCUGGUUUGUCUGGGACCCAGGUUGCAAGACUCAUUUCCUGAUUGCCAGUACACCGUGGCUGUACCAAAACCUCGUCAUGGCAAACACAAUGCUUCAUCCCACCAGGAUGCAUUGAUAGAGAUGCAGCUGCUGCAGGAACUCCAUGUGGAGCAGCUAAACCGCCCCGAAGGCCAGGACCUAUUGGCCCUACUCCGUCGGUACACAAAAGCCAUUGCUGAGGCCCCCUACAAAAAGCAACGCAACGAAAGUCUGGGAUGUUUUAAAAAAUACCUGGCUAACGAUAAAAAGCAGUGCGUGCGGGUGGAUCAGGGAAAUGGAUAUGGACGUCUAUGGCAGCAGCACCUUAACCGAUUGCCCCAAGUCACGCUUGAGGUGGCCGAAUCUGUCAUAGCCCAGUAUCCCUGUCCCAAAAAUCUUUUGGAUCACUUCGCUAAUGAUCCCAAUGCCGUGCAAAAUCUAGCCGACUUAAAGAUCAAGCGCUGUAAUGGACCUCAACCUCUUCAUACCGAAAGACGCAUCGGAAAUGUUCUCAGUAAUAAACUGCAUACCUUGUAUAAUGCUAGAGAUCCAAAUACGUUGUUAUAGAAUAAAAAAUAAAAGUAACAAUCAGUAUGUCCAUAUCCAUAUGACACUAGUCCAUUUAGACUUGAUAUAUCAAAUACUAGAACAACUUAGCUUUAGAAUCUGCUCAUAUAUUAGCUUUCUUAGUUAUGUACAAUUAGAAUUAAAUGUUAAAGUAAGAGCUAAA